UUUUUUUCGUUUUCAGUUGAAGAAAUAGAAAAAGUAAUAUCAAAGAAAGAAUAUCCACCACGAUUCAAUCCACCACUUACCGAUAAAUUUGCGGACAUCGAUGAAACGGUGCGACUUUCCUGCAAAGUGGAUGCAAUGCCAAAAGCUACAAUAACGUGGUACAAAGAUGGAGUACCAUUGCGGGACGAUGGACGAGUGACCAUUCAGAAUGACGAAGAUGGGAACUGUUUACUGACCAUCAAUCACAGUACUGAAUACGAUGAUGGUGCAUAUCGAUGCGUUGCUGUCAAUGAAAUCGGAAGCUCAAAUUCGGCAUGUAUGGUAUCCAUCCGUAAAUUAAAGGAAGAGGUGAAGAAAGAAGGCGAAGAACCAUUCUUUACCAAAGGGCUGGUAGACAAAUGGUUGGAGCGUGGUGAUAAGUUAACGCUGACGUGUACUGUAACCGAAAUGGAAGAUACAUUUGGCUACUGGAAUUUAGAAUUUAAUUUUUUUUUCGUGCAACAUUUCCGAUAA